AUGGAUUUGUAUUGUGAUAAUAAAGCUGCAAUUGCGAUUGCUCAUAAUCCUGUGCAGCAUGAUUGUACAAAGCAUGUGGAGGUUGGUCGGCAUUUUAUUAAAGAGAAGUUGGAUGCUGAGAUUAUUUCUUUUCCGUAUAUAUCAUCCGAGUAUCAACUAGCAUAUGCUCUUACGAAAGUUGUGGAAGGGUAUACAGAUGCAUGA